ACAGUUAUAUUUCUUUGAAAUGUAUUACCAUAUGAUUACAUGACAUGAGCAAUCACAAUUUUAUAAAAAACAGUUCCAUUAUAUAUAUUAGUGUUGCCUACAUAAAUAUGUUGUCAUUCUUAAUAGUAUAAAAUAAUUGGUACGCUUAAUAGACUCGUAUUUUAUAACUAAAAUUCAAACAGAGUGUGUUUGUUGUGUGAUUUUCGUUUUGGAUACUACUUUGUUAUUAUGUUUUGGAUACUGUGUAUUGUUUUAUUACUAACGUUGGCGUAUAUUUUAUAUCGUCAAAUAUUAAUGGACGAAGAUUUUGAAAAAUUACCGGGACCAAAAGGAAUAUUUUUAUUUGGAAAUACUUUUGACUUCUUAUUAAAUUCAGUCGACGCAAUGAAACAUAUGGAAAAGUUGAUCGAAACGUAUAAAGAUUUUAUGAAGGUAAAACUGGGGCCACUUAAAUUUGUUUUUAUAUCGAACCCAGAAGAUGCUGAGAUUUUGAUGAAUAGUACAAAAUACAAUACUAAAGGUAUUAUUUACAAAUUCCUUAAACCAUGGCUAAAUGAAGGAUUACCUCUAAGUGACGGUAAGUGUUUUAUUUCAUAUAAUACCAUUAAUAUACCAUACCAUACCAUAAUUGUAUUUGCUUGCAAACGACAGCAAAAAAACGUCUUAAAUUUAGGUAGUAAGAAUACAUUCACUGAUAAAUUAAAAUUAAAAAAAAAAUCAUCAAACCUGUAUUUCCAGUAUACAGGAGAAAAAUGGCAUCAACGGAGAAAAAUUCUCACACCGGCUUUUCAUUUUAACAUUCUACGUCAUUACUACCCUGUUUUAUUGGAGAAAAGUAAAGAUUUGGUAAAUAAACUUAAAAAUGAAGAAAACGAACUAAAAACAGAUCUUCGACCUUACGUGACUGAUUUUACAUUAUAUUCAAUAUGUGGUGAGUAG